UUAGCUCUCGCUCUUGUUCAGCACGGGCGUAUUUUGAUGGAGCACAGCACAGAGUGCGAAGCAUCAUGCUGAUCAAAACGCAAACUAAUAAUAUGAACAGCAAAUUUCACCUAUAAAAGUGAUAUUUGAAAGUCACAGCGAAGUAGUCUGCAGUCGCCGUUUAAGUUAAUGUUAUUUUUUUUUAAUAAAGAUGCCGAGGUAAAUCAAGCUAGUUACCAUUUAAAAGAUGGAAUCCCUUGCCCCAAAUGCUGAGGUUCGUCUAGCAGUGGCCCAGUGUUUCCGGACCCUCACUACAUCCACAGAUAAUAAAGACAUUAUCACCGCUCUUCAAACACUCCGCUCUUAUUUGGAUGAUGGACCAGAGAGUAGAACCACUUCAGUUCAGCGGGCAGAGUUCAGGAGAGCUCACUUCACUCGCACCCUUCAGUUCCUCGUCAGCAACAUCCAGGCGGACUGGAUGCACGGGCUCACAGCAGCCCAGCGCGCAGAGCUGUGGGACGUCUUGUUCCUCAAAGGGCCUCCAGAGCAGGCGCUGCUGGUGCUGAUAGAGGGAAUAGGAGAGCUCAGACCCAGCAUGAAUCUAGACCACUUGGUCAGUAUCACUGAAAAGUUCCUUCAGAGUGGUCGACUCGCUGACCUGCUGUGGUCGUACUGUUUGGAGGCAGGGCCCUCUGACUCCCCUCAGCUCCGAGAGACACUUCUGGGACGUAUUGUGGCGCUGCCGGACCUCAUUGCCAACAGGCUACAUCUAAACAACAAGACCCUUUUUUUUCCUCAGCAGUACUACCCACUGCUGGCAACAGAGAUACUCGCUGCACUGGAGCGGACCUGCCAAGCUCUCAAAGAUGGCACAAACUGCUCCUUGGCUUUUGUGGCUCAGACACUUGGAAAAGUGUGUAUCCAGGGCCACAGUGGCGUGGUGCUGGCGGUGAUGGCUCCUCGGCUGUCUGUCUGCACACUCUCAGACAUGGUGUGGCAGAGGGUUUGCUGGAAGCUGCUGGAGGACGUUCCACAGCGCUGGCUGGAGAGCGUGCUCACUGGUCUGGUGCAGGCUGUCACUGGGCCAGGUGUUCUGGGCAGGAUCAUUGGGAAUCUAGUCUUAACGAAUAAAAAGGCCCGAUUUGUCAUCACCCACAAACUGCUCUUACUACAGUACCAGUAUGAGACUCAAGUCUUGAGAACUGUUCUGGGUUACCUCGCAGCAGACAGAGAGCGAAGGCCCCUGCUCAUUCAGGUGUUACGUUCUGUAUCCCAGGCCUGGGCUAACCCCAGUGCAGUGAAGCACACACCACUAGAGCAGCAGCUGUAUGUCAGCAAGGCCUUACUGCUGAGUGUGAGUCUGCUGAAAGACAGUGAGCUUCAGGAGCUACGUUCAGACUUACUUCAGUGUAUGCUGGGCGGCAUGCAGAGCCACCUGGACAGCAGUGUGGUUCGCAUCAGGCGUAUGGGCAUGGUGGUGGGAGAAUGUCUGAGUGCUCGGAUGGAUAUCAAUGGCAGCAAGCUUAAAUUUGAGUAUGAUCAGGAUGAGGAAACUCGAGAGCUCCUCUCUCUGAUGACUCCCUGUGCUGGCGAUGAAUCAGAGGCUGAGCCUGUAAGCAGAGUUGAUUCUCCGCAAGAGAUCGAUGACACAACUCCAUCUAAUCCGACUGAAUCAUCUCAGCAUGAGUCAGGACCUCAGCCAGACUCCGACCUGGACAGCGAUGAUGAGCUCACUCCUUACGAUAUGUCUGGCGAUCAGGAAAUAAGUAAAGCCUCCCCACCCCGCUACCUACGAGACUGUCUGGAAACUUUAAUUUCCUCUGAGGAUGUGGGGCGCGUGGAGCUCGGUUUGCGAGCCGCUGAGGAUUUGGUGAGGAAGAACGUUUUUGCAACCAGAGAGAUCAGUGUCCAGAUGACCAAAGUGCUUCUUCACAUGGAGGAUAAAUACAGAAUAAGCAGCUUCAUGAGUCUCAGACAAGCGAUCUUGGUUGCACUCAUUGUCACUGACUGUAUCCCUGUGACUCAGUAUUUGACAACAGAGUUUUACUCCUUGAACUACAGUCUUCGGCAGCGGCUCGAUAUCUUGGAGGUCCUUGCUCUGGCAGCGCAGGAGCUCUCUAAGCCCAUCACUGAAAAGAGAGAUCCACCUGUGGAUGUUGCUGCCAGCACUGAUUUGACUCCAUAUCCCGGUGACAAGCCUGUUCACUGGCAGCAAGAAGUACAGAAGCGGAUUCAAAGCAAGACAAAACGUCUCAGGAAGGGUGCAGCCCAUCCUCCACCUAAGGCAACCCCUAAUCGUUAUGCCCCUGUUGCUGGCCACUUCUUUUUUCCUCUACUCAGGAAUUAUGACCAGCCUCAGGUGACCUUUGACCUGUUGGGCAGUGACCAUCUGGUACUGGGCAGGUUGAUUCACACCUUGGGCCUCUUCAUGCAUCUGGCAGUCAAUGCACCGAUUGCUGCACAGAUGGCUCGUGCUUUACUCGACUUUGUGUGGGCGGUGCGCUACCAUGUUGACCAGAUGGUGAGACGAGGUGUCCUCUUCGCUGUUUGCUCUGUGCUUCUGAGUGUGAACAGUCAAAACUUGCUGGUGGACCUUAGUGAUCAGCUGUUUGAGACCAGAAGUUGGCUGGCAGAUGUGGCUGAAGGAGACCCUGAUGCAGAUUGCCGAAGUCUGGCUGUACAGAGUCUGGUACUGCUGGACAAGAGCCUGAAGAAACAGCUACAGGAUCAACAAGCACUGGGCCUGGAGUCGUGAUCACAGCAUCAACAAUAAACAAUGAAACACUGAAUGUGUAGUCCGGCUGGUCCUCACAGGUGGAGGACAGGCAGACGACACAUAAGGUUGAUGGAGAUGAUGUUCUGGAUAUUUGCUGGCAGAGACGCUGGCCUGUCCAGUUUCUUCUUAUAUCUUGGAACACACAGCCAACCAGCGGAAAAGGAUGACACGUCUUCUCACAAGUUGCUAAUAUGUUUCUGCACACCUAAAUUAUACACAUUUCAAUAUACCUUAGAUGAACAUAUUGUGUAGAAUUUCUAAACCCGAUAAAAUAUUGAUUGAACGGAGAAUGGGAUGCCAUUUUUGUCCGCCGAUAAAAUGCAUGUUAUGAGGAUAUCCUUUUCAACCUCUUUCCUGUACUGGCACAUCUCUCUGUACUGUGGUUGUUUGUUUGCAGAGGACAUCCUGUGAAUAUUCACCUGCAUGCACACAUCCACAAAUAAUAGAAAUACUACUACUGCUUCCUCUUGUGACACAAAUGUUCAUCUGUAUGUUCCCAAACAAUGAAACAUUUUUAAA